UGCGCCCCUUACAAAGCGAGUAACAUUUUCUACACAUAAUUGUUGUUCACUCUAAAAUGUGUAAUGUGUCUUAACGUAAAAUGCUGCUCUAACUCGGUGGUAAACACUGAACCCUAAAACUCCCAAGAUCUGAUUGUGUGUUUUCCCCUCUAAGAGCAAUUGUAGCUUCUCGCGUGAUCUCCAGACAAUUUCAUGAUAUUAAACACAACUUGUUAUAUUAUCAGCAAGGAGGAUAAAAUGUUUUGAGAUCAGAACUCUCCUCCAUCAUACUUCAAUGUGUACAUACCUCUUACUAAAAAAGUAAACAAGUUUUAAGUCUGCAUUAUAAGUUAAUUGGACCAAGUUUUUUUCUGCUCCAAAUUAUUGCAUAGGCUUGAAGUAUGUGGGCCAAAUCUGAGUGGAAAAAACAAGGUCCCAUAACUUACAGUAUUGACUAGGAAAUAAGAGUGACCAGCUCAAUUGCUUGUGUGAUGUACUAUUUGGAUAGUAUAUUCCAGAUUUUAUCUUCUGCCUCAUGCAUGUAGCUAUAAUCAUAAAAAGCUGUUGUCUAUUGUUGGAUCCUUCAAGCCCAUGACACAAGAGAAUCUGUAGAGUUACAAAAGUAAUAAGACUAAUACGAACAGCAUGUCUGCACGAAGCAUUGAAGACAAACCACCGUCUCUUGCUGAGGGCUUCACUCCUCCAAAACCUAGGAACCUGCCCAGAGAUCGAACACCUUGGGGCGAUGUGAAACUUCCGAUAGACAUUAUGUUACUCACAGUUAAGGACUGCGAGUUUUUAAGUUGCUAUAAGUUGUUAAAGAACUCCUUCAAAAGCUACACCCUGGCACUUGGUGAUGUUUAUUUUGGGGGAAUAGGUAUAGAUGAACCCUUGAAAGUGGCGCUAAUGAAAUGCCAGGAGGGUUCAAACACAACUGGUGGGUCAACAAUCGUCGUGAAAAAUGCCGUUACUAUACUCAAGCCUAAGGCAGUGUUCGCUGUGGGGUGCUGCAGUGGGCUGCAGCGUUGUGAAACGCGACUGGGAGACGUAGUCGUGUGUUCUAAGAUGACUCAAUAUGCUUCUCGAAUUGUCCAGAGUGGUGAGGUCCAAUCAACAGGUGCUACUCGUGUUCCCGUAAGUCGAAACAUGUUGCAACUUAUCAAGGAUGCAGCUGCUGGUUGGAAACCACCAUUGCGCGACCCUUCCUCACGAGAAAUUGAAGUUCAUUGUGAUGCGGAGUAUCUGAGUGGCCCAGAGUUUGUCUGUGACAAACAGAGAUAUGACGAACUGAUUCGUCUUUAUCCCGAUGCAAAAGCAAUUGAUAGGGAGGGUGAAGGGGUUUAUGUUGCGGCGUAUGACUUGAAAAUGGAAUGGGUUGUCGUUAAGGGAAUAUCAGGCUAUGCAGAUGGCACUGGAGGAGUUAGCGAUGAGUGGAAGACCUUUGCAAGUGUAAUGGCAGCCUCAGUUGUGGAAAAUAUGUUGUAUGGUUCCGUUGUUUUCCAAAGCUGGCCACAUUAUAAAGAAUCAAGUGACAUCGGUGCAAGUGUACCUGCAUCAGCAGGGAGCCCGGGUAUAGAGCGUCCAGAGGUUAUCACUGCCAUGGACAACAAAGUCAAGAAUGGCAAGCCCAGUGACGAAGAAUUAGAGACAAUUUCGAGAAACAUCGGCGUAGACUGGAAGCCACUUGGAAGACGUUUAAAGUUUAAGGAACCAGAACUGGACGCUUUUGACGAAAACCAUAAAGAAUUCACCGAAAAGCCAUAUCAAAUGUUGCUUCACUGGAAAAGAAGAGAGGGUGAAAAAGCAACCUAUCUUGUCUUACAUGACGCCCUAUGUCAUGACUUGGUAACCCGUAAGGAUUUGGCGAACGAAAUAUGCUGUCAAUGAGAGACUUAAAUGACUUUUCAGUAGUUGCUGAUGCAAAUAGGUUUUUUGAAAUAAGGACAAAACGAUCAACAGUUGUCCAAAAAUAAUCUGUCGGCUUCAAUAAUGAGUUACUCUUUCAAAGGUAAUGGCAUUUAUACACCAGUUUUUCCCAUUAGAUUUUUAAGUUAGAUGGAUGGUGAGCUGGAAUCUCAUGAUACGUUUUCCUUGUCAUACGUUGUUUUUAUUUUCGUUGCAUUUUAAAUCGUAUAUAUUGUAUUAAUCUAUCAAGGAGCUUUUUUUUACAAAUUAUAACUCCCCUGAAAAAUCCUGCCUUCAAUUAACAUUGAUGAUAAUUCUAAAGCGAUUGCUUGUACUAUAAUUGCGAUUCCACUUCAUUACUACCAUGUAAUGAAGUAGUCAAAACAAUAUUAGCUCUUUAAUAUACAACAACACAAAUCCAUGCUGAGUGGACACUACGUACGUGUUUACAUUUAGAAACUCUCUGCCUUCCCAGGACUUCAUCGCCGUAAAAAAUUGACCCAACCAUUAUAUAGGAUUAUAAUGCUAAUAAUC